GAAGUCAAACAUGCACUUCCGCAUAGAGAAAGUCCCACGUGUUUCACCCACAGACGUAUUUUGUCAGCGUGAGGUUUGUUGCUGUUUAGCAGCUAGCUGAAAGCUAACUUAUUCAGAAGUGUUUGUUGUUUGUCAUCCUUCAUAUCAGUAAGAUGAGUCCUCUGUGUGACUGCUGCGGUGAACACAUUAAUUCACUGAAUCAGCAGAUUUCUGUGAUGAGGAAAGAAACCAAGAACUUGAGGCAUAUGUUGGACAGUGCAGUUAGAGCUCAUCGCAAACACAUGAUAGCCAUUCAGUCUGCUGUGGCAAAGAUUGGACUUAGAGGACCUGAUAAAGACCAGACACCACCACCACCACCACCACCACCACAGUCUGCAUUAGAGCAAGGAAACAUCCAGACAGUCCCGAUUGGUUACAUCAGUUCCUGUUUCUCUGUGAAGAACGGUACACCCAGACAGCCCACCAUUUGUGGCCCCUCCAGGGCCGAACUGCGCAUCCAGCAGAGUGUCUUCAAUAACCCUGAGCAUGCUCUGGUGGGCCUGGAGCAGUACUCCCAUGUCUGGAUCAUCUUUCUCUUUCAUAAAAAUGGGCACUUGAAUUUCAAAGCCAAAGUGAAGCCUCCUAGACUCAACGGUCAGAGAGUCGGUGUGUACUCGACACGCAGUCCCCAUCGACCAAACGCCUUGGGCUUAACUCUAGCCAGACUUGACCAAAUUGUAGGCGAUACAAUACAUCUGUCGGACAUUGACAUGAUUGCUGGCACCCCAGUCCUGGACAUCAAACCUUACAUCCCGGACUACGACUCCCCCGGCUCCAGGUUGGACUCAGAGCAUUAUGAUUUAACCACAGAGCAACCAAAGGCGACUACUGUGUCACAAAAUGAGACAACAGACAUAACAAACCUCCAUAAAGACUCGGAAACAGACGCUCGCUCGGACCAAAAGAGGAAAAUGAAUGACGACUCGGGAAGUCUCCUCUCCAGAGACGAAUCUGACACUGAUGUUCCAGUCACAGAUUCAUCUCAGUCAGUCGGUGCUCAGAUUCCCCUCCACAAAGACCUCCACAAUUUGCUGGACGAGGUCAAAGCUUAUGUGACACAAAGUGACCUUUGCCAACAGAGUUGUGCGAGCGAGGUUCAAGUUUCCGACUCUCCCAAAACCAAACCAGCAGAGGCGACGGUGGACCAUCCUUGCUAUGGGGAGGAGGCCUACAGUACCAUCGCUGGCUGGAUCAGAGCGCCUCCUGUUGGCAGUCUGGAGGUGCGCUUCACCCCUCAGGCUGAGAGGGAGUUAGCAGACUUCCUUCCUACACACCUGUCAGGACCCUCUGGAGGUGACAGACCCAGGUUCAAGUUUCUUCGCAGUCCAGAGGAGGCUGCUGCCGCCAUCAGAGGAGUGCUUUCAGCAGACCCACGGUCAGUUUACAGGAGGACUCGCUGCAGAGACAGACUCUUCUUCUUCACCCUGGACUCGGCUGACAUCACCUGCUGGUUUGGACAAGGCUUCGCUGAGGUCCUGCAGGUCCGAGCUGUUGAGCAACACACUGCUUCACUGUGAGAAAUCCUCAGACUCAGUUUUCAUGUUUGUGGAGUAAUGGUCCACACUUGGACAUUUCCAGGUAAUUUCCCCGGCUAUGGAAUAUGUAUGUGGUAAAAUCAUUUUGACCUUCUUAAAAUCCGAUAAAUGAAAUACGGAAAGAAUUCAGUUUCGUAUAAGUAGAUUAAAUAAAAGCUUUUUGAAACAGAA